UAUUGGUCUUUUUUCCCGAGCUUUAUUUCUCUUCUGGACACACGACGCUUGGAUGAAGUGAAGCAGAGUCUGUUACCUCCCACGUCCCUUUACAAACGGCUCCCCGGGAUUAAAACCGCUUCAGGAACUUCACUUCUCUGAAGCUAGUUAGUUAGCAUCGCUAGCAUAGCUGGUGAACUUUCACCAUCUCUGUGACGGAAAUAUUCAGCAAUCAGCCGGGCAGGUGAAGCUAACGGUGCAGGUAGACACUAGGAGGAAAGGUGUGCUUUUAACAGGAUCAGGUUUUUUUUAUUUUGACAUCGUAUAAGCAGAGUAGUUGUGCUUCGUUAUUCAGCCCGACUUCCUUGUGAUCCGUGUUCGAGGUCAUUUUUUAGCUCCAUCUGAACCAGCUGUUCUGGGGCGCAAGUCAUGAAGAGCCUCCCGUACUUCUGUCGAGGGGAGGUGGUUCGAGGGUUCGGAAGAGGAAGCAAAGAACUCGGAAUUCCCACAGCCAACUUCCCAGACUCGGUGGUGGACAAUCUCCCAGCAGAUAUCGGCACAGGAAUCUACUACGGCUGGGCUUGUUUUGGCAAUGGAGACGUGUACAAAAUGGUGAUGAGCAUCGGUUGGAACCCUUACUACAAAAACAAAAAGAAAUCCAUGGAGACCCACAUAAUUCACAAAUUCAAAGAGGACUUUUACGGGGAGACGCUGAGUGUCGUCAUGGUGGGCUACAUCCGCCCAGAAAGGACCUUCAGCUCACUUGAAGCUCUCAUCGCGGCGAUCAACAGCGACAUCGAGGAGGCCAAAAUGCAGCUGGAGCUCCCCGAGCAUCGCAAGCUGAGAGAUGACAACUUCUUCACCAGCAGGACCAGCUCGUCUUCAGCCUCGCCCCCCUCCACUGCGUCCACGUCACAGACUAUCAUCAACGGUCACUGA